AAAUUUAGGUCUUUUUAACUGAAGUAUGUAUUAAUAUAUUUUACAAAACUUUAAUGUUGUAAAGUAGUGGAAGUAUUUGAUUUGAUGUGAUAUAAAUUGAUUAGAUAUUUGGUUUCUUUAUUCUUUUGAGGAAAAAUACCAAAAAUUAUGUUAAAUCGUAAUAAGAUACUAUGAAGAAGUGAAAAUAUCUUCCAUUUAGUGCUGAUUGGUAUGAAUUUUAUGCAGAGUGUGCAGAGCAGGAAUAGAAAUUCAUCCAUGCACAAAGAAACACGAGACUCAUCUGAUAACUCGCCAGAUAACAAAUCGAACAUUUCAGAUACAAAUUGUACCACAAACAUAGAGCGCAAAUCUGUGGAAGAUCUUCUGGCGGGUUCUCAAGAUGUUCUUGGAAGCAGUAUUAGUUCAGCAAUCUCAUUCACCAGUGGCACAGUCCUUCAGGCAUCACCUCUGCUGCGCAGACGGAGUCCAAGUCCUUCUUCCACCACCACAGAUGGCAAUCGCAACAGUAGUAGUUCAAAGGAACACUCCAAAAGCGAAACUCAUCUAAUUGUUCCAGCUCUCCCAGAUCGUCCUGAGGGCGCUGACGAGACUAGAAUUAGGCAGCCGGAAGAAAAACAAAAUCCAAGUGACAUUGUUCCACUUAAUCCUCUUAAUCGUUCAGCAUCGCAGGAAAUAGAACGGCCCAAGAGUAUUUCUAAAGUUUCUGAAAGAGCCAAAAAGAAGUCCUGGUACAGUGUGCUUUAUCCGACCUACAAAUCUCGGUCAGAGGAUUUCAAGAAGCUAUUUAAAGGAGUCCCAGAUGAUGAGCGGCUUGUUGUAGAUUAUUCGUGUGCUCUGCAAAAGGAUAUUCUUGUUCAUGGUCGUCUGUAUGUGUCACAAAAUUUUCUCUGUUUCUACGCCAACAUCUUCCGGUGGGAGACUUCUUUGUCCAUCAAGUGGAAAGACGUAACUUCUAUCACGAAAGAAAAAACCGCUCGUGUGAUACCGAAUGCAAUUCUUGUGUGCACUGAUAGUGAUAAACACUUUCUCACAUCUUUUGCCACACGAGACAAGGCGUACUUGAUGCUUUUUCGUGUGUGGCAAAAUGCUCUCAUGGACAAACAGAUGCAGCCUCAGGAGAUGUGGCAAUGGGUUCACAAUUGCUACGGUGACGAAUUGGGUUUAACCAGUGACGAUGAAGACUAUAUUGAUCCAUAUGAAGAUCGUGAAUUUAUUAAAGGAAAUCAAGGGGACAAAUUAAAAUUAUCCACUGACAGUGUUUCAGAGGAACAGAGCAAUCCAGAGAGUGAUAUGAUGGCAUCUAUCAAUAAUCAGACAUCAAGUGAUCAAGCACCUAUAGGCAAUAUACUUGGAAAAGGGGAGAGUAGUUCAAUGGGGCAGAAGAGACUUCAAAAGGGCCUGAGAAGAGGCGAAGAUACUCCUAGUAAGCACAUUCCAACGGACAUGUCCGAUACCAGUGAUUCUGAACAAGAUAAAAAUAUGGAUCUCACAGAACAGCCAGAGUGUACAUCUAUGCACGAAGGGCGCCAAAUGAUCCACACAAUUCUUCCUAUAAAUGUGGACAUUCUGUUUAACUUGCUAUUCUCCAAGUCAAAGUUUCUUGAGAAUUUUCAUGAGGGCCGCAAGACAACUAAUAUGAUUCAUGGCGAUUGGAUAAUUAAUGAGGAGGGUCUUAAGCAACGCACGGUGACACUCACGGUAGCUCUUGCACAGCCUGUUGGACCAAAGAGUACUGAUGUCACUGAAAUUCAAACAUUGCGUGAAUGCUCACAUUCAGGUCAACUCUAUUCUGUGGACAUUCACUCAUCCAAUGCUGGCAUUCCCUAUGCUGACAGUUUUUAUGCUACAAUGCACUACUGUUUAGUGCGAACUGUGGAUGAUCACACGAUGUUUUCUGUGCAUGCACAGAUUAAAUAUAAGAAAUCCGUUUGGGGAUUCGUAAAGGGUUUUAUUGAGAAGAAUACAUGGAAUGGUCUUGAAGAUUUUUACACAGCACUUGUGAGAGCUCUUCAGAAUGAAUAUUGCAUUCCACCAGCUAAAGCAAAGGGGAGAAGACCACGACGUGGUAAUUCAUCCCUACAAAGGCCCACUGAGGAGCCGUCAAAAGCAAAACAGGUGCCGUUCACGACGAAAGUCGCUAUAAAAGCUGAUAAAGUAGCCGCGACUACCAUUAAGCAUGAAUCACUCUCUUGGUUUGUUAUAAUCCUCCUGGUGACACUGAUACUUCUCAAUGUGAUACUCUAUCUGAAAUUGUGGGACUUGGAGACGAGAGAAGCUGGACGGCAUCGAUAUCCAGAUUUUUUACAAUUAAAAGAUCCACCAAAAUCUCACGAUGAUUGGAUAAAAUUAAUGCAACAACAGGAAGCUCUUCAUUCAGCGGAAAUGGUGAAAUGGCAAAAAGUUUUGCAGAUAGCAGUGGAAUUACUGAAGAAAGUGAGUGUUGUUUGUGAAAAGAUCGUUACGAAUGCAACAGUUCUUCUUCAAAAUAGUGCAAUGACCAAAGAUGAAUUAUAGAAAUCAUAUAAUUCAUGAUAAAUUUCCUCCAUAAUUUUAAAAUUAUAUUCUACGCUAAUAUUCAAAUAUGUCCCCAGUGUGAUGCAAAUUGUAUUUUUUAUGGAGAGAAAAUUGUUGGAAAAUUAAUUAAAAUCUCGCGCGUUGUGAUUCGUAAGCGAUGACAGUGAAAAGUGGAAGACAAAAAUUAUUAAAAAAAAAUAGUAAAAAAAAUCAUAUAGAGUAUUUUAGGAUAUAAAAAACAGUUGAAUAUUUAUUGAGUCAAAGAAUUCCAAUUGAUAGAUUUUGUUUCCACUUAUAGAGAACAAAGAUUUUUUUUUUGGGAUUAAAGCACAAAAUUUAUAUAUACUUAUUGGAUAUUGGUCUAUUUUAAAAGUGCUUUAGCGUGAUCUGUAAAAGUUAAUGUUAUAAACAAGAAAUAUUUGAGCACAAAAAAUUGUGGAUACUAUUUAUAUAUUGAUUUCUUAUGUUGAAGCUGGUAAGAAUAACAUAUGAAGAUCUGAAAAAUUUAAAAAGAAGUGAAAAUUUAAAGUUUAAGCUCAUGCCCUUACAAUAUUCCAAAUAGAGACAUUUGAUAGGUUCAAUAUAGUUUUUUUUUUAAUGUAAAGACUGUAUCGCAUAUUAUAGACAAAUUAUGAACGAACGAAUGAACUUUCGUUGUAAAUUGGCUUUAAAUACAAUGUUCAAUUUGACCAAUUUCAGUCCAUGAGUGUUGUUAAAGUAGCGUAUUCCUUGAAAAAGGGAAAGCUGGUUCAUAUUAUUAAAAACCUCAAGCCCCAGAUGAAUCCAUUCUGUUUUCGUUUUCUCGACUUGUCUCUCAGUAUCAAACACUUCUGUUUUGAGUUAAGCUGUAAUAUUUUUUAAGGGCAUAUAGAAUAUUUUUGAUAUUUUGUUCUAGAGAAGGAAGGGUGGAGUCUACACUUAUGCUUGCAAAAAGUUACAAAAAACAGAUUUCGAAAAAUCACAAACCAAAAUUUAAAUAGUUUUUCUUACACUACCAAGAAUGAUAUUUUUCACUCUAAUGAAAAAUAUUAUAUAUAAUUAUUGUAUUUUCUAGUGUAAAGAGGUUUUUGUUUAAAAAAAAUGGAAAUAUAAGAAAAAAUAAAAAUCAGUCAUCGAUGCGGUAAUUUGAAAAUUCAUCGCUUUUGAGCAUAAAUAUUUACUAUUAGUUGGAGAUUUGCAAAAGUAUCGUGCAUUCCUGCAACCUUUUACUUUGCGUACGCAAAAACGUUAGAAAGAAAUAACUUUAGGCAGUCAGGAAAAAUUAUUUUCUCUGUAGGUCACUGGUGUCCCAAUCGUCCUUAACCCUUUAACGACGGAACACUUUUACGGACUGAAAAUCAACAAUAAAAAUUAAACUGAAACAUAAUCAAUGGAAAGUCAUACAUCUAACCUUGGAAAGUCCAACAGAGUCUGAUUCGGUGUAUUUUGUGCUUCUAUGAACGAUAGGGACAAAAAUAGCCCAAAAAUUUAAGUAAUUUUUCUGACAAUACCAAUGAAUAAUAUUUUUCGCUUUAAUGAAAAAUAUUACUUAAUAUUUGGGGUUUUUCUAUUUAUUGAUAAAGAAGUGGACUUGGCCUGCAAAAAUAAGUUUAAAUUUACCUAAAUCAUAUAUUAUAUAUUUUUCACAUUAAAAAAAUAAAGAGAAAAUCGCAUUAAUUUUUCACAUUAAUGCUAUAAAUCAAUUUAUAUCAAAUUUUGCGGGUCAAGUCUACCUUUUUAUCAACAAAUGGAUCAAAUUUUGAAUAUAAAAUGAUUCAAACACACAAAUUACAUAUUUGGAUUCUCACCAGCGACAAUUAAUGUGAAUCAUAUUAAAAUUUUAAUGUGCAAGUGUGAUAACACAGUAUCUCUUAUAGUUUCCGAGAUAAUCGACUUUAAAGAUUUUCAGUUACUUUUAUGAAUUUCUCAUCCAAUUUUCCUCAUUAAUAACGAUAAUAUCCUUCAUACACUUUAAGAAUUAAUAAACGAAAUUUGCAUUAUUUAUGUAUAAAUAUUGUUCGAGUUUGCCACAAUCGAAAUUUGCAAUGGAGGAAUCGCACCUCUAUAAGCUGAUCUAGGCUUAUCACUGGCUUGUAGUUUUUAUUGCCAAAAGGGUUUUGCAUAAAAAAAUUAUAAGUGUAAAAAUAAAUAAAAUCAAUUUAUGAAUUUCAGAAUUUAAAAAUUCGCCAUUUUUGAGCUUAAAUAUUUACUACAUAGCAAAUAGCUAGAGACUUGCAAAAAAUAUUCUAGAUUCCUUCAACCUUCUACUUUACAAUUAUGUAUAGCCAUAAGAAAAAAAUAACUUUAGGUAGUCAGGAAAAAUUAUUUUCUUUAUGGGAUACCGGUGUUCCAAUCGUCCUUCAAGGGUUAAAGAGUUAAUUUACAGAUAGGGGAGACCGGAGUACAAUUAGCCAGGGGCAGAAAUAGACAGUGGAUUUUUCUUGGUUCCCUUAAAAUGUACCUUGAGCAAAGUAUUUUUUAAUGAAAGUUGGAACACAUCCCCAUAUUCCCAGAAAUAUUUAUAAGUCUGAUCCUGUUAUCCUACAAUUUAGAAGCAUUUUUAUAAAAUGGGUAUAAAACUGCAGUUUUGAUGUUUCAGUUUUUGGACCAGCAUUUGGUUUUCUGAGUUUGUAGUCAAGAUUUCAUAGUUUUACCUCGUUUCUGGUUUCAUAAACCAGUGAAAAAAUAUUUUUCACUUGGAUAAUAAUUAUCCAAUUUUUUAUAUAAGAUGAAAAACACUAAAACAGCCCUCGGGGCAGUUGUAGCCACUCUUCCGUGGCCGGAUAAAACUAUCAAUGAUUUUUCACUAAUACAUGGAUAAUUGUUAGAUGAAAGAGUACUAUUGAUAUUCCAAGCAAUAUUGCCAUUCGGAUGAAAAAUUUGUGAAAUAAAUUUUUUCAGGAUAUUUUCAUCAAUUUUGCCGCAAUUACAAAAAUGUCAUAAAAAAGUCGGCUAAAGUAUUUUUCAUUAGGUUUAAGUUACAUAUUUAGUAUCAGUGGGCUUCAGUGGAUCAAGUGAAAUAACACUUGGUAUUUCCAGUUUUAAAAUUUCGUCUGGAAAACUGGUGGCAAAUAGCACCCCGAAAGUGGCUAAAUCUACCCAGGCCGGGGCAGAUUUAGCCAAUGUGUCAUACUUUUUUCAUUAUCCUCUCCAGAAAAAGCCAAGGAUUUGAGAGCUCUGAACUCUACGGUUUUAUACAGCCAAUAUCUUAAUGCUACUUAUGAAACAUAAAAACAUUAGACAAACUUUAUCAUUUUUUCACAAAUCAUGCGCGAAAAAAAAGCUUCAUUUGCUGGCUAAUUCUACCCCUGUCUCCCUUACCUCUAUCUCGUGAGUUUAAGUAUUCUGCAAAUCUGGGACAUUUUGCCAUCUCUGUUUUACAUUUAGUAUUAUUGUAUAUUGAUAACAAUUAUUGUCCUAAAAAUUUUACAAAAAUUACUGAUAUUGCUCAUUGUUUUGAAAAGCACGGCUUCGGGAAUAGGGCUAAAGGUUUGCAGUAAAUGAAAGCUUUCGUGUAACUUAUUACACGUGUGAAGUUAAAGUUUUCUAAGUGCAAACUUAAUACCAACUACCAACAUUUAUAUUCCAAUUUUCUUUGAAUAAUUGGAAAUUUUCAGGGGUGUUGACUUUCAAAUUAACCCUAGAAUAGGAAGUUGAUAAAAUUACAGAAAAAAAAAACAUUCCACCAGGGGCUUUUUUUCUAAAUGACUUAUUACAUACUUUAGUGAAGUGGUAGAUAAAUGAGGAAGUUAAGUGAAAUUUAGUCAAUUCCAAUUUCAAUGGCUUAAUGAUGCAAGAGUUUCUCUGAAUACUUUCUGGAUGUGAUAAAAGCCCCUGUGAAACCAUUUCUUUUAUUAUACGUUGUACUCAGAUUUACUUCAGCUUCUUAGCAUUUUUGUUUGUCUUCUAAAUUUUUUUCUAAAGUACCAGGAUAAAAUAUAUUUGCUAAUCUUGUGAGAAUCAUUUGACGCUGCCGUUUUGAGGAUUUUCGAUUUUUCUAUUUAGAUUCUAUUUAGAUACAGAAUUUUAAUGUAAAGUACCCUGUAGUCGGCCGGUUUCUCAACUCGGCCAGUGCGACUAAUUAUUCAAUUUACUUAGAUCUGUUAUAAUAUGGUCUUACCGAUUUAACAUUAUAAGGUGUAUUAUAUUAUAUAUAACGUAAAUCAGUGAAAAUUUCAUAGAAAUUGACUAUACAACGUUAAAAAAUUGGUUAAAUAAUUCAACUGGCCGAGUUGAGGAACCGGCCGACUAGAGGGUACUUUGCCUUAUCUACUGUGCGAAUCCAGUAUUUCGUCAAGAGAACUGUUCUGAAUAUUACUGUACAAAAUUCGUUCUCAAAAUUUCCAUAAAAUAUUUUUUUUAUAAUACCAAAUAUAUUUGCGUAUAAUCGGCAGUUUCAUACAAUUCAUUUAAUGAUAGUUUUGUAACAAUUAGGCAAAAUCAUUUUCUUUUAAUUCUAAUUUUAUAAAAAAAAGCCUUUAAAAAUUAAACUAAACUAAUUUAUACAAAAUGCGCUUUUGAUCUAUAGGUCAUUUACAGACAGGUAAUGUUAACGAACUUUUCUCGUUUUUCAACAAUUUUUACAUUCCCUAAAUUUCACCUAUUUGUAUAUUAUAUUCAUCGAAAGGUGUAAAGUCGAUAUACUAUUUAUAUGACUAAAAUUUGAGAUUCUUUAUUGGUUCUGUGGGAGUAAUAAAAUCUAGUACAUAUAAUAUUUCACCAAUUUUAAUUUAUUUAUAAUUAACGAUACAGUCUUUAACAUGAUCUAUAUUAUGAUUUUAAGUAGAAAUUUCUUCUCACACAGUCGAAAGGCAUUUUUUUAGCAUAUUUUUUGUGUGUGCCUCCAGGCUUAUGUAGAAGUAAUAUUUUUUUUUCUUUUUGAUGUGAUGAAUACCUUUCACCUUUCUCAAAUGAAUUUGUAUUGUGUCAUCAUUACACAUAACUACGUUUUCUGAAGGAAAAUUAGACCAGCAAUCAACAGAAAAUGGUUGGAAAUGAAGAGCAAAAAUUUCAUUGUAAUGAGAAUAUCAACAAAAAAAAGUCACCAAAAUAAAAUUGAAAUACAAGUAUAUAGGAUGGCAAUAUAAUAGGUAAACAUCGGAAGUUUCAUUGUAAUUUUUUAUCUGGAGGAGUGAUUUAAAAUUAAAAAAAAAAUAUAAUCAGAAAAAGCAAUUAGUAUUAUUUCUAAAAGA